AGGGCCCAGGGGGCAUACCCGGUUUGGCAAUUGUUCUGACCGUGAUUCUAACAUUUUGCUGUAUACCGUACCGUCAGCGUUGCCUCUAGUUCGGGACUUCGGUUCGGUUUACCAGGAUCACCUGAAGGCUGAAGCUCCCCCUCUUCCUUGUUUUGACUAGCGACUACCGAGCCAUAGAGAGCCACGUAUGGUGAGGUUUUAGAUUUUUAGUCGAUGGUCGGUGAUGAACCGAUGAUGAGAAGACCUACCAAGGCGAAUCUGCCUAUCGGCAAGGGCAGAUCGCGGUAUUUUCCGGCUCAACCAUGGCCAUCCGCGCGGCAACGGCACUGGCGCCAUCGCUUCUGCCGAGAUCAAGGCACGUCUUUGCGUUAUUCUUUCUCGUUGGCCAGGUCGGACCCAGACCCAGAUAUGCUUCUUCCUCGCGGGACCAGCCGGAAAACCCAACCACUUCCUUGCCCAAGCCCGAGAAGAAGCACGCCAGCCGUCUCUCCGCCGUUAUAGACGCUGUCAACGACCGCAAGCUCCCUCCUGAACUUCGUGGCCAACGAAACUCUGUGAGAUCGGAAACAGAUAUCAUCAAUGUUGUUGAGCAAAGAAUAUGGCAUUCAAUGGAAGAAGGGCAAUUCGAGAACUUACCUGGAAAAGGGAAGCCUCUGGACCUUAGCACUAACCCCCAUGCAGAUCCAGCAGAAGACACCUUAUACAGGAUUCUUUCAAGAAAUGGAUGUGCUCCAGAGUGGGUUGAACUUAACAAGGAAAUACGAAACCAAAUUGCUGAGUGGCGGUUAGCCCUGAAGAAAGCACAGGCUAAUAGAUUAAAUGGAAAUGAUGCCAAAUGGAUUGAAGAUUCUGAAAUUCUCAAAGUGCAGAUGCGUGACAUCAAUGAUAAGGUAUUCCGAUAUAAUCUCAUUGUACCUUUUGGACGGCAGAUGUUUGGGCUUAAGUGGGAGAAAGAAUUGGAUCGACUGGAAGGUAGUGGAGCUGAUACAAAAUAAUUGGGCUCCAUAUUGUGGCUUAGACUGGAAUUAGAACAAUCCAUCGAGCGUGAGCAUGUGAAGAUGAGAGUUCAAAUGUGUGUGAAUCUCUUUAGAAUCAUUACCAAUGCUGUCUUAGCCUCAAUCUGUCACUCAUGUCUAAAUUCUACCGAUGUCUAUUUAGGGUUAGGGCCCCAUCCAAUUGAUAGAACAUCAGUUGAUUCUUUGUCGCCUCUGAAACACCUUUGAACUUUUCGGGUUUGAAAUCUUCUGCAUCUUCUCCCCAAAGUUCAUGUUCAUGCUGGAUGAAUAAUAAUAUUAUAAACACGAGCUGGAUGCCGAUGUGAAGGGUGAUUUCUUCCAUCAUCUUUAA